CAUGCACAAAGGAAGGUCACUAUCCGGGAAGGCAAUAUGCUGGUCGAGGAGUAUGAUCGUCUGUACGUGGUUUUCAAUGGCGAGAACCUGGCAGACAACACGAUCGCAGUCUUCCCGGCCAGUAGUCCAUCGAAGCCUCCCCGUACUCAUGCUCCAAGUCCGGCCAAACCCGCGGCGGCGGCCCGCUCGAAAUCUGUCUGUUCAUCCGACCCAUCAGGACAGGCUGUGUCUUGUUUCGACGUGGCAGACGAGGACAAGUUCCCUUGUAGCCAGUGGGAGGACGGCGGCGUAACAAGUGUUCGAGGAGCUACUUACAAGGACAAGGAGCGCAACCCAGCUCAUAUAAUUGGUCUGCUCGAGAACUUUUGCAGAGUUGGGCAAACUAUUUUUUUCUUCGGGAAGGCGCACGCGUCUGUCGUUUGGGAGCUCUUGCGCAGCGGUCGGAACGUCGUUGCGUUAGGGGACGAGGCGAAGAUGAUCGGUUACCUUUACGAGUUCGUUAAGACACGCGUGGGGAACCCUCGCCACCAUUGCUCUUUUGUCCGGACCACCGGCGAACGGAACUGGGAUCCCAAACGUGAUAUGUAUUGGAAAUUGCCGGAGAAGAAAAGGAUGGAGGUUUGGGAGUUCCUUUUCCAGCCAGGACCACCUGCUCAGACCAACCUGGAAUACAACCGACGGAGGAACCUGGUGUUCGGUGUGCUGAAUGGUUACCACGGUGCACCCAAGGAGUCUGUCUCAAAUUUCCUGAAAAGGCUGGAGCACGUUUUCUUCUUGAUGGCCGAACCGCUGACCCUCGAAAACUACAAGGCGCAGUUCGACGAGGAGGACCCUUUCGACGCUGAAGACAUGGAGGAGAUGAGCGACUCCGAAACCUUCGAUUUCGAGUCCAUGCCACUUCCUCGGGUGGUUGCACAGGUUGAUGAUGAAGGGGAAGGUGUUCCUCGGAGAUAUAGCACGUCCCCUGCCGGUUUGAAGCGUGUGUUUCAGCGCGAAACAGUCGAGGACCAAUCGUCUGAUGACGGGGAAGAAGAGAGAGACUAUGAGUACGAACCUGGUGACAAGCUCCCUAAGGACCAUGAUACCUGGGACAAUGACAGACUCUUCUUCUACGGGAAGCACCACCGGUUCACAGCGGAGGAUGUCUGGGGCCACAACGUCAUCUGGUACCCUAGGAAAUUCCAACCUACUGUAAAGACUGGAAAGUGGGUCAUGGCAAUGAAGGAAGCCGGUGGCAAGUGGAGUGGCCUGAACGGACUGGGAGCGGGUCCAUUUAAGAAAAAGGUGGGAGAAACUCUCGUGGAGCAUUUGAGUGUGAUGAACCCCGAAAGGAGCCGGUCGGACGUCAAUGCGUAUGCAGGCCAAAAGCUUGAUGAGCUGUACGACAACAAAAUGUUGGAGUUUCAAGCGCCUUUCUACACACUCGAAACGGCACCUUCUCGUGGCAUUGACUGGCGCAUGCCGCAACCUCCGUCGGGUGGUCAGCAUCCGGAAGGCGGUGGACGAGGUGAUGGAGGAGACGGCGCAGGAACCGGUGGAGGAGGUGACGGAGGAGACGGCUCAGGAUCUGGUGGUGACGAAGCAGAGGGGAAGGGCCCAGGCGAAACGUCGUCGAAACCAAAGGGUUCCGGCGGAAAAUGGUCCGACGAAAAAGGGUCCGGCGGAAAGGGGUCGGGCGGAAAGGGGUCGGGCGGAAAGGGGCCGGGCGGAAAGGGGCCGGGCGGAAAGCGGCAUCGAGAUUCGGACAUGCGAGACGAGGCGGCCCUGAGGUCUUAUCAAGUGCGAGUACAUUCGCACUUGUCUGCUAGGACUUUGUUUCACGACGCCGGCGAGCGCAAAGUGCUGGAGGGGCCCGAUGCAGGAGUGUUGGAGACCGGGCCUAGCGAAUAUGAAUGUUAUGCUUCGGAGGGUGCAUCCAUCGAUUUUAAGAGCAAGAGUGCAGCAGAUCCGGGGGAAGAGCUGUCACAGGACGCGCAUGUUGUGCACCGGGAAGAGAACACUCAACACUGGCCGCCUCGCGGAGUGCUGGAUGGUCUCGACGCAGGAGUGUUGGAGACCGGGGCUAGGGAGCAUCUACGUCAUCCUUCGGAGGGUGCGUCUGUCGACUUAGAGAGCAAGAGUACACCACCUCCAGGGGAAGGGGAGCUCUCACAGGAAGCGCAUGCUGUGCAGCGGGAAGAGGAAACUCAACAUUGGCCGCCUCACAAAGUGCAGGAGGGGCUCGAUGCAGGAGUGUUUGAGACUGGUGCUAGCGAGCAUCAGUGUCAUGCUUCGGAGGGCGCGUCCGGUGAUGUUAAGGGAGGUCAGUGGACGUUUGUGGAAGGCAAAGACCGUGGGCGGGAAGGACGUGCAUGGACGUUUGGGGAAGCUCGGCUUCGUGGCGAUGAGGAGGGCGAAGAAGAACCCGUGGUGGAAACUCGGCUUCAUGACGAUGAUGAAGGCGAAGAACCCGUGGGGGAAGCUCAAAUUUUUGGCGGUGAGGUGUCGGCUCAGCUUCAUGACGAUAAGGCAGGCGAAGAAACCGUGGGGGAAGCUCAACUUUAUGCCGGGUGUCGGCUCGGCUUCAUGCCGGUGAGGUGUCGGCUCGUCAGAUGGGUUUGGAGCGAACAGAUCAUGAUUCUCCGUCCACCCGCUGCGGUGAAGAGCAAGGUGAUCGAGCGUCUGCCUUCAAUUCCGGUCGGGAAAUGGUGCUUCAUGAAGCCACGGAGUUGGUUAGCGACUCAGCUGCCAUCGAGCUGGUUAGCGACUCAGCGGUGGUUGAGAUGCAGAACAUCGAAUCCUCCGCGGAUGUCGGCACAGUGGCGCGACAAGAGGCCGGUUCCCCGCGAAGGACUCCCGAGCACGGUAAGAUUUGUGAACAGUAGCACUCGCGUAUCUGUCGAUGUUCAGCUCUGUGGUCAUCCACAUUGAAAUGAUGGGCUCAUGUGGCUAUUACCACGUGUUAAACAAAAGCUUGUGGGUUGU